CUGGCUGUCACCCCGCCUGGCCCCUUCCACAUCCAGCUGGGGCAAGCCUGAUCUGGCCACAGGCAUGAAGGGCCUCCGGCGGAGAUGAUAGUGUUGGCACCAGCCUGGAGCCCAACAAUCUCCCUGCUGCUGCUGCUGCUGCUGUUCACCCCCGGCCUCUGCGGGACCCCAGACUGCUCCUUCCCCCACAGCCCCAUCUCCUCCACCUUCGCUGACAAGAUCCGAAAGCUGUCUGACUACCUGCUUCAAGAUUAUCCAGUCACUGUGGCCUCCAACCUGCUGGACGACAAGUUGUGUGGUGCCUUCUGGCGCCUCGUCCUGGCCCAGCGCUGGAUGGGACAGCUCAAGACUGUGGCUGGGUCCCAGAUGCAAAUGCUGCUGGAGGCUGUCGACACCGAGAUACACUUUGUCACCUUAUGCGCCCUCCAGCCCCUCCCUAGCUGUCUUCGCUUCGUCCAGACCAACAUCUCCCACCUCCUGCAGGACACCACUGAGCAGCUGGUGGCCUUGAAGCCCUGGAUCACCCGCUGGAAUUUCUCCAGGUGCCUGGAGCUGCAGUGUCAGCCCGACUCCUCCACCCUGCUGCCCUCAAUGAGUCCCCUGGCCUUGGGGGCCACAGCCCUGCCAGCCCCUCAGGCCUCUUUGCUGCUCCUGCUGCUGCUGCUGCCCGUGGCCCUCAUGCUGCUGGCCGCUGCCUGGUGCCUGAACUGGAUGAGAAGGAGGCGGAGGACGCCCUCCGCUGGGGAGCAGAGGACACUGAGGCCCAGGGAGAGGAGUCACCCGCCCGAGGACCCCGGGCCGGGCCUCGCGGGAAGUCAGCCAGAGACCGGUCACUUCCUCGGCAGCCCUGCCCCUGUCCCUGUCUCCCCGGGAUGGAGGCAACGCCAGCACCCCGCGCCCGCCCCCGCCGCCCCCCUCUGUACAAAGCCCUCGACCCCAGGAAACUGUAUAUAA